AUGGCAUCCGCGCAGGCAGAGAACGCGCGGCGGGCCGGCCAGCAGCUACUGGAUGGUCUGGAACGCAGCGCGAGCCCCCACCAGGGCUGUCUAUAUGUCCGCGCCGCCUUUGCCCACGGCGGCCUCCCACUAACGCUGCUCACCUCCAUGGCCGUGUGGGAGGAGGCAGAGCGGGUCGGCUACGCCGCGCUCAUUGAGCUGGGCACGCCACCGCCAGGCACUCGGUGCACGUUCCUGGGCGAUUUGCACGGAGACGUGUACAGCGCCGCCAAGGCCUUUAGGGAGUACCUGCGUGCCAGGCGCGCUGCAGAGCGGGAGGGGCGCCCGCUGCCCCUGCUCAUUCUCCUCGGCGACUAUGUGGACAGGGGGCCCCAACAGCUGGAGGUGCUGCAGCUGCUCUUUGCCCUGGUCCUCUGCUACGGCGUCAAGCUCGCCCCCGCCCGCGGCGCCGCCGCCUCCGGCGUGGCCGCCCUCCGCGGCAACCACGAGGCGCCGAUCCACGCCGGCGAGAGCCUCGCGCCCGCGCCCGGCGGGUCGCGGCGGCGCCAGCUGGCGCACGAGGUGGUCGGCCACCUCGUGGAGGGGGUGAGGGCGCGGAAGGAAGCUGAGCUGGCGGCGAUGGCGGCGGUUGUCGCGCAGGACGACGCGGAGAAGCGGCGCCAGCUGGAGGAGGCGGACACGCGCGGCCUGCCGCCGCCGAGGAUCGAGGGGUGGGAGAGGACAGAGGCGGGCACGUGGGCGCGGACCGUCUACUACCCAGCGAUCGACGGCGGCGACUUUGACGUCCAGGCGGCGCGGGAGGCGGGCCAGGUGGCGAGGUUUUUGGCGUCUGAGAGCUGCCCCGACAUGACAGAGCACGGGUGGGGCGGCAAGGCGGUCCGCGGGACGCUGCCGCGGCUCGACGAGCUGCGGGGGCGCGUGGAGGCGCGGCUGGCUGCUGGGCAGCUGCCCAACCUCAAGGACUGCCUGGCCGCCCUCUACGGAGGCCUGGCGCACCUGCCGUACAUGCUGCUGGUGCGCAGCCGUUGCCUUUUUAGCAUCACGCUCCUAGCUGCCCUGUCUGGCCUGUCUCGCUUUGGGGUGUGA